AUGUCCCUGGAUGCAGCUGCCGAGCACCUGAGCACAGGCAGCGCUGCUCCCGGCCGGGGGCCUCACCCAGGUGCCCCCCGGGAGCCCUGCGGGCACUGCCCCGGCCCGGGGGCCGCUGCUGAGCACGGAGGAGGCGGAGGAGCAGGGCAGGACCCGGGAGGUGACGGAGGGAGCGGCCGAAGGCUCGGGGACAGCGGUGACACCGGCGCCCGGAGCGCUGCGGAGCCAGCGGCACCAGCGGAGCGGGCUGCGCUCGGACGCGCCCGUGCUGGACGGGCAAGUACCCCCGGCUGCCGGCUUUGGGUGUCGCUGCUGCCGCAGCCCGGCUGGGUCCAUCUGAGCCCUUUUUCUGCCUUUUUCCCCAGCCUUGCAGUCGUGAGCGACUCCUGCGGCUCCGGGAACCACUCGGUGCGGCUGAGCCUGAGCCCUGCGGGGGACGCGGCCCCCGGGGUCCCCGGGGUGCCCCAGCCCUCCCAGGACACGCUCCUGGCUCUGGUGGCCCUGCAGAGCAACAGCAGCCAGGCCCUGCUGCAGCUCCACUCGUGCUGCGUGUCCCCCUCUGCCAGCCCCGGGGCUGCGGGGGCCCAGUGCUGCCUCUUCCACAGGCUGCCCUCGGAGUGCGGGCACAUCCAGCUGCUGCAGGGCGGCAGCUCCAGGGCCGCCAGCUUCUCCAUCCAGCUGUUCCAGAUGCUGAACCGCUCCGUGGCCUACCUGCACUGCCAGCUGGGGGUGUGCCUGCCGGGCCAGCCGGGCUGUGAGCAGGGCUGCUUGGAAGGUGUGGAGCCCCUUCCCCAGCCCAGUGACAGGACCAGCCAUGGAAACCUGCACAACCUGGUGUCCCUCGGGCCUGUCUGGAGGAUGAACAACAGCUUUCUGCACAAACCAGUGGAAGGUGCCGCUCCCGCCGUGUCCCCGCUGCUGCUGGCCGGGCUCGCUGCCUGCGCUGCCCUGGGCGCCGCUGUCCCGGGGCUGUGGCUGCGCCGCCGGCACGGAGCCAAGCCCGGCCCGCAUCCCCCGCCCGGAGAGCUCCGCGGGCUGUGAUCCCUGCAGCUCCCGCAGCUCCCGCAGCUCCCGCAGCUCCCGCAGCUCCCGCAGCUCCAGCAGCUCCAGCAGCUCCCGCAGCUCCAGCA